AGUUUUAAAUCGACUACAUCUACGCUCGAUUACAGUGCACUGGUCGAGCGGGAAGGAGGAAAGAAAGCAAAACUGGUUAGCAAGCCAGCUGAUAAAAUAACCCUAAAUGCUGGAAUCAUGGACUGGGGCCAGAAUGAGUUGCUGUCACCUGUCGUUCUGGACACGGAGGUGACGCGUACGGCACGGAGGUUGCGCCAGAAGAAAGUGGCUUUCCCCCUCCUUCACGAUGACACCCCCGGGGCCAACGCCACCCCCGCCCGGCCUCUGCUGCAGCACACUCCGGGAUCGCUCUUCAGACAGACGUUCACCCCCCGGAGCGGCCUGAGGAACACCGACAUGUCGGCCAUCUUGGGGACCGGUGGCAGGUCGCCGCGCUACGUCCACACGCCCCGUCCCCUCGGACACUUCAGUCUGGACGAAAGUGACUGGACCAACAGUCUGUACCCCUCCCCGCUGUCUGGCCUGGCGGACAGCAGCUCCAUGGACGACCUGAACAUGAGCUCUGUUAUGCUGAAGGAGGACGACCCAGGAGAGGCCGCUGCGGUCAGCCUGUUCCCAGAGUUCCUGCAGUCUUACCUCAGACACUCCUCCAGUGCAGUGUUUGACUUGCUUGAGGAAUACGAGGCCGUCUGCCAGGAUAAGGUGGGGACACUACAGAGGCUGGUCCAGAGGUCCACCACUGGACAGCAGAAGUUUUCUAAGACCAGCAGUGUGAGGUGGCUUCUGCAGCAGGAGAUGGUGACCUGGCGACUCGUGACCUCCCUCUACCGGGACAGGAUCCAGACUGCAAUGGAGGAUGACGUCAUGAUGGAAAAAGCAUCUCUCAGUGACAGUGAGAAGGUGGUGGUGGAGCAGCUCUUUCAGAGGGACUCAGUGGUGCGGCAGAGUCAGCUUGUGGUCGACUGGCUGGAGAGCAUUGCCAAAGAUGAAAUAGGGGAUUUUUCAGACAACAUUGAGUUCCACUCCAAGUCAGUAUGUUGGGAGAACACGCUGCACGCCCUGAAGCAGAGACGGGUAACCUCCAGUACUGGAUUCAGCCGGCCCCUGGUCACUGAGCUGGACCCUGAUGCCCCAGUCAGGCAGAAGCGGCCGCUGGCAGACCUGGAUCGGGAGGACGAUGCUCGGCUGCUGAAGUACCUGUUCACCCUGGUGCGGGCGGGGAUGAUGGACGAGGCACAGCAUCUGUGUAAGCGCAGUGGACAGGCCUGGAGGGCUGCCACUCUGGAGGGCUGGAAGCUCUACCAUGACCCCAACAACAACGGAGGUGUGGAGCUGCAGCCCGUGGAGGGGAACCCACAGCGUGGGCUGUGGAAGGUGUGCUGCUGGAGACUGGCAGAGGAGGAGCAGUUCAACAGAUACGAGCGGGCCAUUUACGCUGCGCUGAGCGGGAACCUGAAGCAGCUGCUGCCGGUGUGUGAGACGUGGGAGGACUCUGUGUGGGCGUACUUCCGGGUGAUGGUGGACACGCUGGUGGAGCAGGAGCUGCGGUCCUCCGGCCUGGGGAGCGAGGAGCUGGAGGAGCUGCCGCGGGAGUACCUGGAGGCCAGCUGGACUUUGGAGAAGGUGUUUGAUGAGCUUCUGGCUACAGAGUCGAAGAGGGUCCUGGAGGAGACGAAAGAGUAUUACCACAUCAUUCAGAAGUUUGUCAUUCAGGCGGAUCUGGAUGGUCUCAUCGGGGAGUUCAGUGAUUGGCUGGGGGGAGCGGCUCUGCCUGCUCACCUGCUGCGCUUCAUGACGCACCUGCUGCUCUUCUACCGCAGCCUGGGCAUGCAGCUCAAGGAGGAGGUGUCUGUGGAUGUCCUGAAGGCUUACAUACAGCUGUUGAUCAGUAAAGGGCACACCGACCUCAUCGCCUUCUACGUCAGUCACCUGCCGCCGGACAUGGCGGUGGCCGAGUACGCCCACUUCCUGGAGUCCGUGACGGAGACGGAGCAGCGCAAACGCUGCCUGGACCUGGCCAGGGAGGCAGGGCUGGACGUGGCUGCUGUCACCAAGACAGUGGUGGAGAACAUCCGUGAGAAGGACACCGAGGAUUUUGCUCACCAUGAUACCUUGUUGGACAUCACAACCACUGAGGGAGACCAGAGGAAGAUUGACGUGAUCGAGUGGCUGGUGUUUGACCCCUCGCAGCGAGCAGAGGCGCUGAAGCAGAGCAACGCCAUCAUGAGGAAGUUCCUGGUGUCCAAAAAGCACGACGCUGCCAAGGCGGCCUUCGGCAAGGUUCCCGAGGACUCCAUGCGAGAGAUCUGCAGGCAGUGGGAGGAGCACAGCAUGGACACGCCCCUGCCCGCUGAAGACGCCAACGCCAUUCGCGAGCACCUCUGUAUCCGUGCCUACCUGGAGGCCCACGAGGCCUUCAGUGAUUGGUUCGGCCACAUGAACUCCUCCCCGCAGAAGCCCAGCGUCCCCGCCCAGGCGGCCAAAUUCACAGAGAAGGUGGCCCACAGGAUGAAGGAGGAGGAGUACCAGCUGGACUACGGCAGCUGGAAGGGCCGUCUGGAGGCCCUGACGGAGGACGUGAAGGAGCGCAUCUACAACGUGCUGCUGUUCGUGGACGGAGGCUGGAUGGUGGACGUGCGGGAGGACGCGGAGGAGGACCCCGAGCGCUCCCACCAGAUGGCGCUGUUGCGGCAGCUGUGCCUGCCCAUGAUGGCCUUCCUGCUGCAGUCUGUCCUGCACAGCACGAAGCAGCACCGCGAGAGCCUGCGUCUCGCUGACAUCAUCGCCUCCGAGCAGCACCGCCUCUACCAGGUUUUCUCCAAGGAGGAGCUCAGCAAGUUCCUUCAGAAGCUGCGGGAGUCCUCUCUCCUCCUGCUGGACCAAGGCCUGGACCCGUUGGGCUAUGAGAUGCACCCGUAGACUACCCCCUUCCCCCUGACACAGACACCCCUCCUGGCACCAGGGAUCUCUCUCAUGGUGUUUAAUAUUUUUCUAACUGGCUUUGAAAAUCUGUUUUUGUAUUUAAUAAAGGUUUCACUU